AUGGGGCCCGAAGCCUCAUCCGAGUUCUUCAACAUCAACGGCAGCAUCCAGUCCGCCAAUACAAGCCUCUACCUCAACGUGGGCAGCGACAGCACCUCGUACAAGACACUCACGUUCGGCACGGCGGCGUCGACGAGCGCGUGGGCCCUCGAGGGCGACACAAUCAUCACCGCGCAGAGUAGUUCCUGGGGCCGGCAGCUCAACUUCCUUGCUUGCAAACUGGACGGGGACUACUGGCAGGUCUACUUGCAGACAGGCAGCGCGACGCCCAGUGGAGGCACCUGCAGCAAUUACCAGUCGCUGCAUCUGCCGUGUCUCUGUUGA